UUCCAGAGCAGCCAACUUAACGCCGAUCUUGGAAAAUUUAACAAUUUUGUUCGGCCGGCCGUACAAAUUUUCACAUAUUUCUAGCUUUCAAGCACAAAAACUCAGUGUUUUCUUUGUAAAUUUAUGUAAAAAAGUCGUUCAAGUUAAGGGAAACAAAUCUCAAAUGUUCACUGUAGCAGAGACAGAAAAUCUUUAUCGCUGUAAAAAAAAUAAUUUGCGACGUCUGGAUUAGUGUCCCUUGCGCAUAUUCGAUUGCGGUGUGAGGAAAUAGAAAGGAGUUCGAUCGAAGAUAAACGGGGGAAAACGUGGAGAAGGCAGAGAAAGCGAGUAGGCGAAUAGUGUUAAAUAGUGUUAUGAGAAUUGUAACUGUAGACUGGACAAACGGAAAACACGAUAUUGCAGUUAGUUUUCUAGAAAUAGCUACAAACAGCUUAUAGAAACUACCAAAAAAAAAAAAUAUUCGACCAAAAUUUUAAGUUUUUAGUGGGUGAGCUAAAUAAUUUAUUGAACGCCCAAAAUGCAACUAUUACGAGUCGAACAGGCAAUUUUGUCACAUGAUUGACAUGUAUAUUGUUCCAAAAUUAAAAGGAGUAUACAUAGAAUAAUGCAAUUUACACGUUUUUGCUAAAAUUACAAAUAUUAAAUGUGUGUGCGUGGACAAAUAAUCAAAGACGAAAAGUAGAGAAAAAUCGAUUUGAUACAACAAAAAGAAAGCAGAACCGUACAUGCAUUCAGUGCUUAGUGUGCAAAUUGUAUGAACGAAUAAAAAACAGAAACUCGCACGGCACAGAGGAGCAGAAUCUGUAGUAGUUGUUGCACCCAGAAGUGAAAAAAACGUUUUUUUUUUCAAUAGAAAAAGUAUGGUUUCAUUGGCGGUGACCACUACACCGAAAUCUCAGUCCGUUUUGCUCCUAAUUUGCGGAACAACAACCAAGAUCAACUGACGACAUAAACUCGCUGUUAAAAGGAAAUCCAAGUCGCCAGCUGUAACUGGACAUCGGACGUCUACAGUAGCAGCAAGCGCCGCAGCAAAUGCAUUUUCAACAGACUAUGUGUUCAAAAAAUGCCCAGAAAUGCUGUAAAGAAAUUAAUUAACGACGUGGUGUGUCUUCCAAUACAAACAGCUAAAACAACAACAGUAACAGAAACAAUAAUUGUAAUACAAAGUACUACACCAACAAAAACCAUUACAACACAACAAGGAAAAAGACGAGAAAAGCAAGGUGAGCAAACAGAAUUAGAAAAAGAAAAGCAGGGUCAACAACAAAAACAAUCAAACAAGAGAGGACAACGUAGAAAACGGCGAAGCAAAAAACGAUCUAAGAAACUUACUACCACGACGUGCAGCACUAUCACAGUUACUCCCAAAACCAUAGAAACAUCAACAAGAAAAGCAAGUGGCGAUAAAAAGCCUCUUAAAUCAAGAUCAGCCACAUCAAAAAAACUCUAUUCUCCGCCAUAUUUUUCUACACUAUAUCCCAUCGUUAUCGAGACUUGUUUCGAAUUAGAGUCACUGACCGCCAGCGGAAAUAGCAAAGCAGGAUCAACAGGAAGUAGUAUAAAAGCUGUUGGAGCAGGCGGCACUUGUGUUAUCGGUGUUACUAGUACUCAACGUCUCAACAAUACUUGUAGACGGCAGCUACGCCGACGGCGUAGCGUUACCAAUUUUACUAAUCGUAAGCACAGAGCAAAGGCUAAAGCGGCGGCGGCGGCAGCGUCGCCUGUGUUGAAAGUUCGCGGCAACAGCAAGGAAACCGCAGCGCGAUUAGCGACUUUACGCAAUCGAAAGAAAGUAGAAGAAAGCAGUAAGGACAAGAAAAAACAAAAAGUUGGGAACAACAACUGUGAACUGCAAGUGAAAAGGCACGCAGCCUGGUAUAAUUUGAAUGAGGCGUUACUGAACAAAAUCGAACCGCUGGAAGUUGAGGUGAAAAAAAGCGGUAGUAAGCGUAAACGCGACAGCAGUGUCGCAGCAGCACGCAAGCGCAACAGCAUCAACCUCAAGCACACCCCGCCACCAGCGGUGCACUUGUCUCCAGCAAGUUUUGAUUUUAUCACGCUUCCUUGCGUUGGUGCGCCAGCGGCAGAAAUUAGCGCUGGUCCUAGUAUCGUUAAAACGUCUGAAAGUAUUAGUCAAGCCAACGCUACACAGACAUCCUCAACAGCAACAGCAGUCUCUGUUGAGUUAACUGACGUAGCAACCUCAACUAGUACGGCGACAACAGCGACCAAAGGAGUAGUUGCAGUCACGAAAGCAGCUAUAUCUAAUUCCGCAUCUAGCUCAUCCGUUAGCAGCGGCAGCAGCAAAAAGCGUGCACGCGGCGGCAUGUCGUUGUAUGAGCGUCGGUACCAAACCACAGACGCAGAGCCGCGCUCUGGUGCGAGCGUAGUCACAAACGGCUACCUCAGUUCAACGCGCACUUCAUCGGCCUCGUCGAGCGCCGUUCACUCGGACGCCGAUAAUACACAGGACAUCACCCAACAGUACUACAUGCCAGUGGCAUCAGUCUCCAGUAGUGGCCUCGCCGGUAGCAGUAGCAGCGGCAGUGGUGUUAUCGCAGCCGUACCGCUAGGCAAUGGCAGCGCACUGAAUCACGCACCUUCCAUGGCGACUCUCUGCAAUAUUGGCAACACUUGCUACCUGAAUUCGGUUGUGUAUACGCUGCGUUUUGCGCCACAAUUUCUACACAAUCUUCAUCACUUGAUAGUGGAUUUGUCAAGCAUACAGCAGUGUAUAGCGCGUCAACGCGCCGCCAAGUCAUCGUCGUUGGGACGUGGCAUUAGUGCCGUACAAUUGGAGAAUGCGCGUAGCUGGAGUAGCAAAGAUUUGGCAGCGCUCGAACAGAAUGCACUUAUGAAUGUCGGUGUUGGUGGCGUGGGCGGUUGCGGGGGCGGCAUUGGGCAGAAAAGUAGCCACCAAAUGUUAACCGAACGCUUGCAUGAGUUGUAUCAGUGUUUGCAUCGCAAUGAACUAGCCGAAUCGACGGAGCCUUUCCAUGCGGAUACGUUGUUACAUGCCGUGCAGGAUGUGAAUGCGAUUUUCGAAGGGAACCAGCAGCAGGAUGCACAUGAGUUUCUAAUGUGUUUGCUGAAUAGCAUACGGGAGACUUGCCAGCUGCUGAUCAAAGCCAUCGGCGAGUAUCCGGACCUAAUAAUGAAUGGUUACAUUCGCAAUCCCGAUGAAUUGGACACCUACACUAUCGAACGUGAUGCACUGGGUGGAGCCAAUGCCACGCCAAGCAGCAGUAAUGCACAUGGUGGUAGCGGUGCGCCCGGGGCAUCAAAUGCCACCAAUUCAUCGUCGUCUAGUCUCAGCACAAGUAACAUUACGAAAGCGUCUUUUUUUUCGCGGAAGUCCAAACGAAAAGAGGAAUCAAAAAACUCCAAAAACUCGCGGUUGCAAUCCCCGCUCAAAGAUGGACAGAGUGGUGGCAUACAGGCUACUUCGAACAGUCUGUUCUACUUGAAUUCUGUAGAUCUCAGUGGUGCGUCAUCGAAUAAUGCGAGCACGACUUCGGCGACGGCAACUGUUAGUGCGUCAGCUAGUAGUCCAAGCACUACAGUGAAAGGUCUUUCAGUUAGUACUACAGGCAAUGAUUCGAAAAGUGAGCUUUCUUCACCUGUCAUGUUAAAGGAUAAAGAACGCUUGGCCGAAAAGAUACGCGAGUUGGGUUUAGACUUCUUCAGUGAGGAUUUUGAAGGUGUAACCGUCUCCACUACGAAAUGUUUGAGCUGCGAAACGGUCACGGAGCAGAAAGAAAGUAUGAUCGACAUUGCAGUACCGGUACCUAUUUCUGGCUAUGAUAAUGCCGAUUUAACGGAUAAACCCAGUGCGUUUAUACAGAAUUCAUGUGUUACCCGCGAGUUCUUUCGCGGCGAGAACAAAUACCGCUGCGAACAAUGUACUGGUUACACCGAAGCCAUACGCUCUAUCUCGUAUGAGGUGUUGCCGCGCCUGUUGGUCAUCCAGUUGAGUCGCUUCUCGGGGGGUAUGGAAAAGAUAAACAGUUACAUUCCCACUUCGUUCACUUUGCAAUGUUUUUGCGCUAAAUGCUGCGAGCUCAGCGAUGCCAAUAAGCUGCAUAUCUACAAACUGUAUAGCGUCAUAACGCAUGUUGGUGCGACCAUGUCUGUGGGCCAUUACAUCGCCUACACCUGCUCGUUGGACUGGGCCAAUGAGUAUGUGAAUUGCCCAAAGGAUAGACGCAAUGCGAAUAUUAAUAGCGGUUCGCAGCAAAUGGGCCUUCAAGCGAACGGACUUUCGAACAAUAGUCUUUACCCAUUGGGAGGUGGUGUAGGUUCGGCUGCAUCUGGUGGCGGUUCAACGCCAAACGAACGCAGUAGCCCCGGUACACAAGCUGCUUCUGCAGCAAGCGCGGCGGCAUCGGCGCUCGCAUCAUCGGGAUCCAGUCUGAUGAAGAAGAUGAAGUUCGGUCGCAGCAAAGCCUCGAGCAGUGGUGAUAUGAGUAAGAAUAUGAAAAAUUUGAAUGGUAUCACAAGCAAAGUCAUCACGAAUGGAAUUGGCAAGCUGAGUAUGAACACGACAUGUCACAGUUUGACUUGCUGCGCGACGCGAAUUUGCAGCGUACAGCAGCAACAAUUGCAACAGCAUCAGUUGAGUGCCAGCAAUAAUGAGUUGAGCGAAGAGACGCUGCCAAAUGGUUCCAAUCACGCAUCAGCCUCAAUGAGCAUUAGCGGUAGCAGUAAUGCUGGAGGCGGCGGUGGCAGCGGUACUGGUAGUGGUGGCAGUAGCACUACUAGCGGUUACAGCAGCUACCCAGUUGGUUAUGGCAGUACUGGACGAGGUGGCACGAAGGCCAGCGCUUGUGGCGGUUAUGCAUCCAGUUGUGGCAGUCUUUCGGCGAUGGGUAGCAGCAAUGGCGAACCCAUAUGGUACAUGUGCGACGAUGAUAAAAUCAAAGCGAUGACGCAACGCGAAUUCGAAGAAUUACUGUCGCCAGCGCGCAAAAUCACCGUUACGCCGUACCUGCUCUUCUAUGCGCGCUUCGAUUUGCAAACAUCGACGCCGCCUAGCGCUAAAUCCACAUCGACUGCGGCGCAGCAAUCUUCCUGGUCCAAUGAGAAUUUGACGUUGAAUCCAGGCGCCACAGCAGCCGCCCUGCAUAAAAUGUGAGUAACGCUGAGCGAGUCGGUUGUGGCGACGGUUUCAACGGCGCGACAACAGCAAAUGCAGUUGCAGCAGCUGGACCAGUUAAUGGAUGCGGUUGCAGUAGCAGCACAUGCACGCAAAUCUAGGCAGCAUAUCUGUGCACGUCGUCGCUGCAACUGUGAGCAGGUAAUUUAAUUUGCGGCUACGAUGGCGCGGGCUAAUGGUAAACGCAUGGAGGGGAAAUGUAAUGAACUGAAACGUAGAAAACGACGAGCUCUAGGAGACGUUGAAAUAGAGGAUUUUUGCUGUGGGCGGAAAAAUCGCACAUUGGCCGCGUCAUCGGCUGCGAGAAAUCAUUCAUGCAUGUUUCUCGCGCCUGCCUCUUCUCCAAUUGUGAUUGUGCUAAUUAUUAUUCUUAUUUGUAUUCCUUAUUAUUAUUAUUAUAGUAUGACUCACACAAACACAUAUGUACAUUGAAGCGACCAGUUUGUAAUAAUCAAUAUACUAAUUAUGCUUACUAAAUUACAUUUCACAUUUCAUUCAGCAAUUAAAUAUUAUUUAUUAUUGUGCGUGUAUUGCUAAUUAUAAGUAAUAUAUUUUAGUUAACGCAUUCGUUUUGCUUUAGAUACAUUUAUAGCUAAGCGGUUAAGAUGUUUUAGGCGAGAAGGCCUGCAAUAUAAGAAAAAAAAUAUAGAUAUAUUAUGUGACUAAGUUUUGCUAAUACAACGCAUUCUUGAAAUCAGCCGAGUUGCUCAGGAUGCGGCUUAACAUUAUUUGAAAUCUUUAAAACAAUAUUUUCUUUGAAUGCAAAAUUAGUUCAUUGAGUUUGCCAAAUAUCUUCUAAGAUGAAUCAAAUGAAUUAGAAGUUUCAACAUUUUGCAACACCGAAAAACAUAACUAUUCUACGCUUCAAUUUAACUGAUCGACUAGUUAGUUUAAUACAGUGGUCGAAAUCAAAUAAAUAAAAGCAGUGCUAGAUAUGGUUAUUUCUGUUUAUUCCGUAAAUGAAACGAACUUUGUAACUGCAUUCAGAUGACUUAGCUAUAAAUAAAUUUAAUUCUGCGGUUCGGCACUAUAUUCAGCUAUUCAUCACUUUUUUAUUUCGAUAUUUGCCUUUUCAACUGGGUUUUUUGCUUUUUAGUAGUACUGUUCAGCAGUCUAAUCAAGUUCUUUAAUCUUAUUCAGAAGCAUACAAAAUUAAUUCGGCUUACCAGUUUUUUUUGUUUCGGUUAUUUUAUUCACCGCUUCAAAUCCGAAUUCAGUACUUGUUCAGGUAUUUUAGAAGUUAUCAGGCUGAUCUUGGGUUCAACGUUUUAAUUUGCCUAGAGCAGCUGAGGUUAAUAGUGGCGGAUAAUCUUAUCAUCAUAUUCACUUACUAAUUUAAUUUAAUGAAAAAUAAAAAAGUUGACUGAUCCUCUCAUUUAUAUUGAUACAUAUAUAUAUAUAUAUACAAUGCAGAAAAGCUAUCAAAUAUAAAAUCUAAUUGGAAAGCAUUAAAAAUAAUAAUAAUAAUUAUAAAAUGACAAGAAAGAAAAAAUUACACUUAAUAAAAGCCUGUUCGUACUCUGCAACUACUUGAUAAGAUACGUUAAAGGUGAUAAGAAAUAAAAAUCAACAAACAAUAUUAAAACGUUAAAUGCAAGGAUAAAGAAACAAUAUUAUUUAAUUAAUAAGAAAUCUAUUGAUAAACGGAAAAACAAAUAUCAAAGAUAAAAAACAUAUUCAUACAUAUAUUUGCCUUCUUGUUUUACGAACAAAUUCAUUCCAUUUUUAUUUUUACUUUAAAUUUGUAAUAAAUGCUAACAGUAGUCACAACAAACUGCUUUUGUCGCAAAUAAAAUAUGUUUUAAAUUUACUUAAUUCAUACAAACAAGCGUAUGUACAGUGGCGGUCAAAAUAAUAGCAGCGUGACACAUAGCCAGGGUUUGUAAUAAAUAAAAUGAUAAAAAAAUAUUUACUAUAAAAAAAUCUAGUAUUCUUUAUCUGAAAGUAAACGCAUAAUACUGUUAACAACAAAAAAGUAUCUAAAAUCAACGCGAAUUUUCAGCCACUUUAAAUUUGCACAAUAUUGUACCAUAAUUGAAUAAGCUAUAUAACUAUCUUUGAAAACUUUGUACAAAGUUUGAAACUUUGAUUUUUAUGGUUCGCAAAGAAAUAAAAAAAUUAAAAAAUGAAUAAACAGUCAAAACAUUGAAAUAUGUCACGCUGCUACUAUUUCUUUUUGUAUAGUUUUUAUUCGUUUACUGUGUUUUAUUGUUAAUUACUGUUUUGUUACCAUAUAUUUUUGGAGUUUCUUUUAUUUUUUAUACACAUACAUAUAAUACAGUCUUUUAUAGUGUUAUAUAUAAAAUUGAAAAGCAUUAUCUCAAUAAUAUCAAGUUUCAAAAACCUUAAAAUUAGGAAGAUACUAAUAUAAGAGUCGAGAGAGUAGGAUGAAAGUAAAGGCAAUUGAACAUGUACUCAUAUUAAGGCACAUUCUUGAUGUAACAGAAUACUUGAAGCACGACACAAUAAGGUUACAAGUACGGUCUAACUCUACAAUUAUGAGUCUAGCAAAAAUAUAAUUUGGCUAUUGCAUGUGGAUUAAUUAAACAUAAAUAACACAUAACGACGAUCGAUGUUGUUUACUUUUGAUUUUGCAGUCAAUAAUUUUUAUCGCAAAUUCAGAAACAUGGAACAUUUUUGUUUAGAAUCAAUAUGUCUAACGGCAUUGUUGAUUAGUAACUGCAAUUUCUUCAUCGGAGCUGUGUGAUGGCAACCUUGAUAGAAUAGUAUUGCUACUAAUAAGGUUUUAAUUAGCUUGAAUUUAAUGCCCUGGGUAAUAUCAAAGCUAAGAGUUUGAGCAACUUUCUUAUAUUUAACAAGACCUCCAUUUUAUGGAGUCAUAUGGAAAAUAGAACAAUAUGCACCAAUAACAAUUUCACGUCCGCCUGCUAUGACAAUUGGCACUAUGAUAAAAUGUUGCUAUAAAAGAACAAGAGCAAAAAUUAACUGCGUACGAAAAUUUACCUAUAAAAUACUUAGCACUUCAUACAAAACAAAGCGGAAGUACGCAAUAAUUAAUUUGGAGUUCCAUUCAUAGUGAAAAAAAUGUGACUGCAGCGUGUCCGGAUUAUGGAGCACUGUACUUCAAAUUAAAAUCCCUUAUUUGUUUGGCUAUAGCUAUGUAGUUAAUAAAAAUUAUACGAAUAGCAUGGGACAAGGUGAUCAAACUGUGCUGUUAUUGUGUUGGCAGGAAACGUGAAGCGAUUCUUCAGUAAUCGGUUGUUUAAAAAAGUAUUUUAUUAUAGUCAUUAAUUAUCCCUCCCAUGGAAAAGUAUGUAUGAAUUAGGGAAAUUAAAUUCGCAGAACCCCUGAAUACAGCUAAGGUUGCAUUUAUAUACGAGGAUAUAUAUCUAUGUAUUGUAAAAUUAUCACUUAAUUAUAACUGGUGUAUUCCCAAGCAAUUUCAAGAACUCUGUAACACGUUUGAUGUCUAAUCAAUUAAAUGCAUAAAAAAAUUAAAAGCUUUACAAAACUGUGUACUUUAAACAAUUGUGGCAUUUUUGGCUUUCAGAGCAUAAAACCGUUUUUACGGAAAUAUUUGAGAUUUGCUUUGAAAUAAAGAUUUG